GGAGGAGGAGGAGGCCAGCCGGGUUCCCCCCCCCCCCUUUCCUCACCCCCUCGAUCAUUUUGUGCUGGAGGAAUCCCCAAUACUCCCUUCCCAUGGCGGGGGAGGAAGAGCGGCGAGCUCAGCAAGGGAGCCGCGAGAGCGACGUGCACAGAGUGGAUCCAUAUGGGUUUGAAAGGCCAGUGGACUUUGACUAUGCAACAUAUGAAGAAUUCUUUUCUAGAUACCUAGUGAUACUCACUAGAAGAGCAAUUAAGUGGUCCAAGCUUUUAAAAGGAAACAAUGCUGUACAGAAAAGCUUAAAAGUGAAACGCUAUAUCAGGAAAGGCAUUCCAAAUGAGCACCGUGCACUGGUUUGGAUGGUGGUCAGUGGUGCUCAGUCCCACAUGGAUCAAAACCCUGGAUACUACCAGAAAUUACUUGAUGGGGACAAAAAUGACAAGCUGGUGGAAACAAUUAAGACAGACAUGAAUAGAACAUUUCCAGAUAAUGUAAGAUUUCGCAAAACUGCGGAUCCCUGUUUACAGAAAACACUCUACAAUGUAUUGGUGGCAUAUGGACACCAUAAUCAAUCUGUGGGAUACUGCCAGGGCAUGAAUUUCAUAGCUGGAUAUUUGAUUCUUAUUACAAGGAAUGAAGAAGAGUCCUUUUGGUUGCUAGAUGCUCUCAUUGGUCGAAUACUACCUGAUUAUUAUAGCCCAGAAAUGAUGGGUCUGAAAACAGAUCAAGAAGUUCUCGGAGAACUUGUGAAAAUGAAGAUUCCAGCUGUGGCGGAAUUAAUGGAGAAGCAUGGUGUUAUGUGGACUUUGGUAGUAUCCCGUUGGUUUAUAUGUUUGUUUAUCGACAUUCUUCCAGUAGAGACUGUACUUCGAAUUUGGGACUGCUUGUUCUAUGAGGGAUCAAAAAUAAUAUUUCGUGUGGCCUUAACAUUGAUUAAGCAAUACCAGGGUUUCAUUUUGGAAGCCACGAACUUUCCAGAUAUCUGUGAUAAAUUUAAGCAGAUCACCAAAGGUCCAUUUGUAACAGAGUGUCACACUUUCAUGCAGAAAAUAUUUACAGAGCCUGGAAGUUUGCCAAUGACUACAAUAGACAAACUGCGAGAAACUUGUAGAGCAAAUCUGAUUGCACAGAGGUAAAUGGACAAUAUUUAAAACAGAUAAAAUUCUGCAAAAAUGGGUACAUUCCUUCACUUCAUUGCACUGAUGCACAGUUUCUUCAGUUUCCAUUACUGUUGAUUGAUACUUGACCAAUUCUCUCCAGCUUUUCAUGUAAGUGUUGAUCUGGAUAGUUUACUU